AACGCCUUCAACCUUUUGCACUCCUCCCACACUCACGAUCUUUGAAGUUCUUGAACAAAGAUGAAACCACCAUUUCGUAUAGCGGUGCUGGAGUGCGCCCAGCCUAUGCCCUCGAUCCAGGAGAAAUAUGGCACCUAUGGCGAUAUAUUUCGGGUGCUCCUCCAAUUGGGAGCAGAUACGCUAGGAAUGCCAGAAGUGGUGUCCUCUAGGAAAGGCCUGGAAGUUUCAAAGUGGGAUGUGGUGUACAAGCAGGAGUAUCCUUCUCUUGAGGAUGUUGACGCUGUCUUGAUGAGUGGAUCUCAAUUCACCGCGUUCCACGACGAUCCGUGGAUAUUGAAGCUUGUGGACUAUACGAAAAAGAUACUUGAGCAAAGGAGAGUUCGAGUCCUUGGUGUUUGCUUCGGCCAUCAGAUCAUUGCUCGUGCCAUGGGCGCCAAAGUUGGGCAAAAUGCCGAUGGGUGGGAGAUCGCAGUGACGCCGAUGGACUUGACGGCAAAGGGGAAAGAACUGUUCAAGGUGGACCGACUCAACAUCCACCAAAUGCACCGAGACAUUGCGUUUGAGCACCCGGAGGGGGUGGAAGCACUAGGCUCGUCGCCGGUGUGCAGCGUGCAAGGGAUGUACGCAAGAGGGAGGUUGAUCAGUGUUCAAGGCCACCCCGAGUUCAACCAAGAGAUUGAGACAAUUAUCAUCAAGGCCAGGCAUGCCCAAGGCAUCUUCACAGACGCUCUCUUUGAGGAUGCUAUGGGCAGGGUUGGGAACCACCACGACGGGGCAGAAGUGUCUGUGGCAUUCCUGCGAUUUCUACUCGAAGAUUAGACAGCAGCAUAGCGUUCGUAGCACGUUAGACGGAACCGAAAUGUGGUUCCAAAUGCGGUUCUAACAGAUACAAGGGGGUAACAUGAGCGGGCCAGCAGCGCUCCCUGCUAGCGCUUAUUGCCACCUCCAUUUGCCACGUAAUAACCUGUGCUUAUUCAGUAA